AUGUCUCCUGACUUCGAGACCCUUAGAAACAAGCGCUUCAUCAUGCUCAGUUUCAACAGUAACAAGUCGAUCCUCGACUACCAGUUCAACGAACUGGACUUUGCUCUGCCCCCUUGGCUUCAGGCCCCUCCCGAGGUGCGCAAUGCGCUCGCCAACCUCCGCACCAACGUCCUGGUCACCAUCACCCUGAUGAAGCAACUCAUGAUCAUCCGCAACAACCGCUUUUUCGAGACCUGCCCCACCAAAUCCGGCCUCAUGUAUCAGCUGCACGUCAGCUCCGUCAAGCGCCUUCUCGAGUGGAAGGAGAACUGGAACCAGGUCGACCCCACCCUCUCUGUCUCGGUCAAAAUCCCCCGCGAGGCUCUACGCUUCUGUGUCGACGAGUUUGCCUACGCUAGAUUCACCGCCGAAUACACCAGCCAGGUCCACAUCUUGAUGUCGGGAGCCUUUCAGCAAUGGCGUGCAGCACGCCAUGCUACCGAUUUCCUCGCCUGCCGCCUUAUGAAUGCCCACGAGCAAGAGUACCGCGAGUGGCGCAAGUGGUUUGAUGGCGAGUUCACUACACACAUGUGGGAAUGGGAGACCUGCCUGAAGAACCUGAUUUUGCCCAACUGGGAGGAGGUUAUUGAUGAUCUCUUUUUGAUGAUCAAUGAUCGCGUGGAGGACGCCGAAGAACUUGCCGACACCUUCUACAUCCGCGGUCCUCCUUCCCCACAUCUUUGA